CAAUAUAACCUAAUAAUGUACUUGAUGUAUUUUUAUUUAACCGGUAAUAAAAGAGGUUAUACAAAGUUUAUAUAAAAUAUUUGAUUUUUUUAUCUUAAUGCAAACAUUUGUAUAAUAUAUAAAUCAAUAUUAACAAAAAUUUAUUUUUUAUUUCAAUACACAAAACAUAUUAAUACUCUUUCAAUAUGGUAUCGUUUUUAACUGAUGUGUUAAUUACAGCAGGGCAAGUUGAAAAGCUCAAUCUUCGUGAAAAAAUUUCUCAAAUACAGGAGGAUAUAACAAAGCUAAAAUAUGAUGUCAAAGAUUUCAUGGAUGAUAAUUAUAUUGAAUUUUCAUCAAAACUAACAAAAAAUCAACGUUUAGUUUCUAAAGCUGAAAUACUUACAAAAGAAAUGAACGAUUUACAAAAAAGAAUAGAUGAUCAGAUCAAAGUAGAAUUAUCUGGGUCCAUAAAGGAAUUAAAGAAUCUUUCACAAGCGUUGAAAGAAUCAAAUCUUUGUCUUCACUUAUCUAACCAAUUAUUAUCUCUGGACGAAUGCAUUAAGUUGAUAAAACAAUAUCAAGAAGAACAGCGAUACGUUGAUACUGCUAAAAGCUUAUGCACAAUGCAGAAUUUAUUGGACAAUCCUGAAAGUGAUUUACAAGAUCUUGAUAUUUAUAAUGCCAUUAAAGAGGAAUAUAAAAAUUUACAUGAUUCAUUUUUAUCUCAUGCUUCUUUGCUUUGGGAUGAGCGUAUUUGUUGGACUGGUUUAGAAAAUAAUAAGAAUGAAACAGUCGUUACACUUCAUAUUAAGAAUAAACUUGAAAACAUAGAAGACUUAAUUUGUGGUUUGCAUUACGUCAACAAACUUUCUGAUCAUUUGGAUCAAUUUUCAGAAACAAUAAUGAGUCAUAUAAUUCAACCGAUUAUCAAUGAGCAUUGUUCAGUUUUUGUUUCAAAAAAAAAUAUAUUCACCAUUGAAUAUAUUGAUAGAAAACAAAUACCAGUUUAUAAAAGUGUCCUGCAUAAUUUAAAAUUAUUAUUUAGAUAUCUUCAUGAACAUUUUAAUGUUAUAAUAGAUGAUAAUCAGACUUUACUUAUGAAAAUGCAGCCACAUAUGUUAGAACAAUUAGCAGAAAGUCUUACAAUGAAUUGCAUAGCUAGAACUAUUCCUAGUUCUAGCACAGAAUUAAAAAAUUUUGAACCAGUAGUUGAAGAAACUAAUAACUUUCAAAGUUAUUUAAUAGAAAUAGGAUUUAUCACAGAAGAAAACUUAUUCUUGAAAGAAUACACUGAUAAUAUUGACAAACUUUUUAUUGAUAAAAUAUGUCAAGAUUUAAUAGUAAAAGCCAAAAAUAUUAUCAAGAAAGAUCUUCAUGAUUCAAUUAAACACUUACCAGAGACUCCAUUAAAAUUUCCAAAUGAUGAAUUAGAAAGUGAAGGCGUAUCAAUUCACAGAUACUUAAAUGAAUCUUCUUUUCAACUACCAUCAUGUCAAAUAAGCAAAAGUGCGAAAGAAAUACUAGAUCUUGCAAGAAGUAUUUUGGAUGAGGCAUGUGACAGUUCAGAUGCUUCUGCAGUCAGACUGUUUUAUACAUGUAGAAAUGUAUUUGAAAUGUAUGCAGGUCUAGUACCUGAACAUCACAAAAAAUUUUUAGAGACAAUUCCACAGCAAGUCGCUCUAUUCCACAACAACUGUAUGUAUCUUGCACACCAACUACUCACAUUGGCACAUGAAUACAGGGAUAAAUUGCCCAGAUCAUUGCAACAGCUUAACUUAACGUUUACUGAUCAAACACUGAUACUACGCAAUGUCGGUUCUGAAUGUUUCCUAGAGCACAUGAGAUACCAGAGAGAUAUUAUUAUAGAUAUCCUCAAAGAGUCAGGUUUAGCAGCUCUAGGUCAAGUUUCUGAAUUACCUUCGUCAACUGAACGUGCAUUGAGACAAUGUAUCAGACAAUUAGAAUUGUUGAAGACCGUCUGGUUAGAUGUUCUACCUGUCAAUAUUUAUUGCAGAGCUGUAGGAUGCAUUGCUAAUUCUAUGGUUGAAGAUUUAAUAAUAAGAGUUACAUCCGUUGAAGAUAUACCUGCUGAUAUAGCUUCUGACUUAGUGAUAAUGUUCAAUACAGUAGCAACACGAACGCCAAUGAUAUUUCCAGAAUCUGAGGAGAUAGCACAGUAUGCACGAAAAUGGAAAAAAUUCUUAGAACUUAUUAAAGUCCUUGGUGCAUCAUUGAAAGAGAUCGAAAUUAGAUGGGCAAGUGGGAAAGGUCCUCUUGCAAAAGAAUUUACAGCUAUUCAAGUAAAACAACUUAUUAGAGCAUUAUUUCAAAAUACAGAAAGAAGAUCAGUUCUCUUAGCUUCUAUUAAAUAAUACAAUACUGUAUUGAUAUGUUAUUAAUAAUCAGUGGAGAAAGAAAAUUUAUUUAUAUUUUAUGCAUUUCAUCUCACUUAACAAUUUUUUCUUUUUUAAUACUUUCCUUCAAGACUUUUUUUUAUAAUUUGAUAUGUAUAUUUUUUGUUUUCCUACAUUUAUACAUAGCGACGGGAUUAGAAACACUUCAAAGCGCUUCGAAUGUGUAUGUAUAUAUAUAUACAUAUAUAUACACACAAAAAAUUCGAAAUUUAAAAUUGUUAUAUAGGUCUUAAUGAAGUCUUCAUACAUCUCAAGUUUUGUUUUACCAUUUUCGUUAUUCUAAUUCGAUUUUUGUCUCUUUCUGUGUGCAAUAUAUCGGGAACCGUUCAUUUUUGUUACUUAUUCAGUAAUAAGAUCUUAUUUAAGAUAUAUUUUAAUCUACUUUCUUUGAUAAAAAUUGUAUUUCCUGACUAAUAAAAAGAAAUCAAUAUUCGUGCUAUUUACUGUAAGUUUUAAAAUAACUUAAAUAAAUGUAUUUAUUCAAACUUUCCGAACUUGCUCUAAUAUUUUAUAUCAAUGAUAUUGUUUGAACAAAAGUAAUCAAACAGUAUGAAAGAUAUUGAAUACUUAUAAUGCUUCCAAAACUUACUGAUAUUUUUUAAACCUUUAAAAGCUUUGAUUCAUUUUCGAAGUGAUUCGAAUUUGUUGCCAUAUAUAUGACAUAAAUUCAAAGCAAUUCGAAGUGUUUCAGAUUCCAUCACUAGUUAUAUACGUAUAUUCUUUGAAUGUCAUAUUACGUGGCUAACUUUCAUAAGAUUAAUUUCACAUAUAUGAAUAUAAGUUCUUGACGUCUACAAUACUUUUUCUGUCUUUCACGUUGUAAUAAAUCCUUGUAAGCUAAUAAUAUAAUCUUGUGUAAGAAUAUUUUUAUAUGUAAUAAUAAAAACUAAUUGAUCAAACAAGGCAUUGAAUGUAAAUUAAUGGUGUUGGUUUGUAUAAUAUUAUAGUAAGAAAGAGCGAGAAAGAGAGAGAGAGAGAGAGAGAGAGAGAGAGAGAGAGAGAGAAAGAGAGAGAGAGAGAAAGCGCGCGAAUAUAAUGAUAUAAAAAAAAGGUAAAAUUGUAACAAGAAUUUCCAAAAAUAGUAUUUUUCAUACAAAAUGUUUUUCAGUGAAAAAAAUAUACAGCAAGUUAAAAAUUGCAUAACAUAUUACUAUCAAUAGUUUUCAAUCUUCAUCAAGAAUAUACUCUUAUAUGAGUUGUAUUUCAAAUAUCAAAUUAUUCUGUUUUAAGUAAUUAAUUAAACCUAUAUAUAUCUGUGUUUAUUACGUGUGCGUGCAAUCUCAAUUUUAUACAUAUUCAUAAAUAAAUCUACACACAUAUAACUACCAAUACGCAAGCUGCCUCCUACAAUUUAAAGUAUAAACAAAAUGAAAUCAAAUAAAAAUGAGUAUAUAUAUAUAUAUAAGAAUGUCAAUUUGUUAAAAACUAAUAACAUUAUGUUGUUGUAAAAAUAAAAUAUAAAUAAUUUUUUUAUCUAAAAUACUGGUUUCUUUUUUUUUUUUGUAUUACAUAUUUUAUAUUUUAGAAUAACAGAAAAAUAAUUUAAGAAAAGUAAAAUAAAAGAUUAAGCAUUUUUAUGUAAUGUUCGCUAUGGAUAAAAAAAAAAUAUAUAUAUUGUUUAGGUUUUGCUUAAAGGAAGUUAUUAUAACAUAACUCGAAUCUUUGAUAUAUUAAAUAUUCUUGAAAUUUUUGAUUUCAUUCAAUUUCAACAAUACCUAUACUGACAGCAUCGAAUUUUCAAAUGGAAUAUUUUGUAACUUGUAAUCAGAAAUAUAUAUAUAUAUAUAGAGAGAGAGAAAGAGAGAGAGAGAGAGAGUGAGAGAGAGAGAAAGAGAGAGUACGAGGGUCAUGUAACUGACCAAACUUUGAGAUAGAUUUAUACUCAUAUUUAUAAUUCAAAGGCACUUGCGAUAUCUGAAUUUGAUAAAGAUUCAGACUUCAUUUUGAAAUUUUCCUUAGAAAGGAACUAAAGGGAAAACAACGAGAGAAGAUUUUCAUUGGAUAUAGACACUGAGAGAGUAAUCAGGCAGACAGGCAGACAGGCAGGCAGGGUGGCGGGCAGUAGUGAGCGCAAAUCAUUUAAUACGUUUCCAAUUCCAAGUCAUGUACAGUCGAGGUAAAACAUUACCGUAAUUUUAUCAUUUUAUCUUUCAGAGUCCGAAAAAAAUAGAAGGAGACGCUCAUAGAUGCUUCCAAAUGCAGGACUGUUUAUGCACAUAUAUUGCUAGAAAGAAGCAUAGAGUAUAGCCUGCGAUAUCGUCUCACAAUCUCGUAGUUUUGAUUGCACACACUAUCUGUGUAUCAAAAUUUUUUGGGGCCAGGACUAUUUCUUUGUGCAUUAGCACGAUAGGCCAUAUACGAGCAGCAGUUUGCAUUUGGUUGUAUUGCGCAUAGGUUUUUUUUUUUUUUUUUUUUUCCCUUUUGGACCUAUAUAAAAACGUUUCUACACGCACGAUCAUAAGCAAGAUUUUAA